GUGACGUCAACGCCAGGGUGCGGAAACGUAUUUGAGGUCGGAAGUGACGUUGCGUGCCAUCGCGGGCGACGUGACGAGGCGGUUGGCGAUUCUGACAGCGGAGGCGGGGGGUAUCACUUGGCACACCAAAUACUUGCUGGAAUUUGGCUGCUAUCUGUCUAUAUCGAUCGGCAGAAAUGGAUUUGAAAUAAAUGCAGCAAUAUCUUUCAUGAUGUUUAACUUCCCAAAACACCCAUCGAACUCUAUUGCCAGUUUGUCUAGGGUCAACAGUCAUGGAUGAUUCUAGUUCAGACUCGGAUGAUGUCAAGCUGAUCAACUUUACGAGUAAGAAAAUAUCUGAAAAACAUAGUCGUAAUAUGAAGCCCAAAAAUAAUAUGGAAACAGCUGAGAUCUGGUGUUCUGACAUUCAGACAAUUCAUGUACUUUUUUACCAGCGUUGGCAUAUGAUAAAACUGCACAUCCUAUGGCCUUAUUUAUUUGUUCAGAAGAAAAAGCAUGAUCGCUAUCUACAGUGGGCUAUCGCAGCCAAAUUCUUAGAUCCAGAGAAUUAUGAUGUUUUUGAACUGAAUUUGAUAAAACUACGAGAUAUUGAACUCUUAGAAGAAGUGCUCCAUGCAAUAAGGAAACACAGUGACUCUCUAACAUUUCUGACAUGUUUAUUGGAUUUGUCGGAUAAAGUAGAUGAGAAUAAUUGUGACCUGGAUGAUGCUAUUGCUAUGUUAGAAAAAACAAAAGAGCUUAACAAUUUGCAAGUGGAGGUGAAUUCAGGAGCAGAACAUUCAAGAAAGGCAGCUAUUGCAAUUGGGUGUUUUCAAUAUGCAUAUUUUAUUAAGCUGUUCAUGUGCCCUGAAAAUAUUCCUAGUUCAGUGCGAAACAGAGAUGCUGUGUCGUUUCAGGAAAGUGAAGUCUAUAAAGAAAGGGGCAAUGAGGAAUUUAAAAGGAAAGACUAUGAAGCUGCUUUGAACUGGUACUCCAGGGCAAUUGAUUUAUGUCCUGACAAUGAAUUUCUGUAUGGAAACAGAGCUCUCUGCUUUUUCCGUAUUGAAAAAUAUAAAAAAGCACUUGGUGAUGGAAAAAGAGCCAUAAUCUUGAACCCUGUUUGGACCAAGGGUCAUUAUCGCUUUUGUGAUGCCUUGUUUUCGAUGGGAGAACACAAACGUGCUAUUGAAGCAAAUGACAAGGCUCAAGAAUUAUGCAAACAGGAUUCAGAUGGAAUUCGAGACUUAGUUCAGCAGAAAUCAAAAUUCCUUAAAAGACUGCAGGAUGAAAAUCUUGAAAAAGCAAAGACUGAUGCAUUAAAGAAAGAAUUAAGCACUGAAAGAGCGCAGCCACAAUUAGCCACUCAGCCAUUAAGUGAAGAUCAUAAGAAUGAGUCCAAAAGGAACCAGGAAAAACAUGGUUUAAAGAGUCGCAUUUCACCAUGGCCAAAAAAGGUGAUGAUGCCUUUAGACAGUACAGAUACUUUAAUGGAUAAAUUGAAGUCUCUGAUUCAGGCUGGACAUGUAGCCUUAUCAGACCAGCGUGCCCGCAAUGCAGAACAUGCCUUCUUGCAGGUUCUGAAGUUAUUGGAUCCAGAAAAACUUGAGGAAGUAUCUUUGUCCACUGUUGACUAUGUAAUAGUAAUCUAUGGUCAUGCCUGUGCCCUCCUUGGUAUUGGACUGCCUGAGGAGUUGACUGAGGCUGAAAAUCAAUUUAAUAAAAUUUUGGAGCAAUUUCCAGAACAGCGGCUUGACUGUUUGGCAUUCUAUGGACUUGGCAAAGUGUACUUUCAGCAGAACAGAUUUACCAGUGCUUUAGAUCCUUUCAGUAAAUCAUUAACUAUGGUAAACCGUAAGAUUGUACCAGGCAUACUAACGUGGCCCACAACAACUGUUGUUAUCGAAGAAACACAAAAUGAAAAAUUAAAGGCAUUGUUAGAAGAAUACAUAGGGAAUUGUCAAUUCCCACCUCAACCAGAUGCAAUCUGCCGCUUUCAACAUUGCCAAGGCCAUUCUAAGACUCAGAUAUAUUUCUCCGACCCAGAUUUCAAGGGCUUUAUUCAAAUGAUAUGCAUCCUACAUUGCCGUUUAGAGUACCAUAUCAACUGUUGGAAAAAAUUGAAGGCAGCUUCAUUUCAAGAUAAAAAUGACAAGGAUUUUCUGAAAGAUCCAUGUUUCACUCCAGAUUGUGGAGGGAAAAUUUCCAAAAUUGUCAUCUAUGAUUCAAAAGGUUUUGUGAAAUGUGAGUUUGAGGCUAAAAUAAUGAAAAACAAAGAAUCCUCGAAAGCAGUCAUUAAACAGAAAUGCUCAAGUGCUUUGAAGUUAAAGAUUAAGGAAGAUCGUAAACAAACCAGAAAAUUAAGAAAAGAAGCAUCAAAAUACAAUGCUGAAAAGCAAAUUAAGGAAAAUGCAGAAAAGAAUAGUAAGAUUGAAGAAACCAAUUCUAAAACAGGUCAAUCUUGGAAUCCUUUUGGUGAUCGAAUGCUGCAGUUGAUAAAUAAAAACAAAGAAAAAUUAAAAGCUGGAGAGUGGAAUGUUUCAAAUCUACUUCAAGAAUUACAAUCCGACGGGAUUCUAAGCAAAGAAGAGUGUGAUGAUAUAUCCGCAGGUGCCUCCAAACCAUGUCAAGUUAUGGGCCAACUUCUCGAUCUCAUUGUGCAGAAGAAUAACAGAGUAAAGACGAGGGCAUUCCUUUACACACUUACAAAAUGCCAAGAAGUUGACAACAAACUGUUAGAUUGGAUUAAUUGGUUAAAUGAUGCAGGGUGUGAAGCAGCAGGAUUGUUCUUGCUUCGUUAUUCGAAGUUCAUAGAGCAAUUGGACUUGGACUGUCUACUGAACUUGCUCAAAGUAUCUGAGGUAGAUCUACCACUAUAUGACAGCACUAAAGACAUGGUAGAACAACUGAAACAGGAAUCUCCCACAAAAAUCCGUAACUUCAUCUGGACCUUGGAAGAGAAAAGAGAGCAAUUUCCUUCCUUGCAUAAUCCUUUAGAUCAAUAUUUUAAUACAAUGGAUGCUCCUUGUACUGUACUAAAGAAACAAGAAAAUGAAGAAUUACCUAAUACUGGCCUUAAAAGUAAAAUUCGAAACAGAAAAAAGAAGCCAAAGGAUUCAAAGUCUGUGAUCCUUCUGCCUGGGAUGUUUGGAAGUGGAGCUCGUGAGGAGGAUGAUGAUGAAAUAAACUCAAAUGAAAGCAACCUAGUGCACAUGAACUCCAUGGAUUUUUUUGCAGUACCAGAUUAUCAGAAUUUUGAAGAUUUCUACAUUGAUAGUUCAGAUGGUAGUCAUUAUCAGCAACUUCUCAACAAUAAUCCAGACCCAGCACGUGAAAGUUUAUAUGAUUACUUUGCCCAAAUUCUGAGCGAACAUGGCCCAAUGGAAAUUGACAACCCGUUGUUGGUUGACGAGUUUGAAAACUUCCCACCGGAGACUCAAGAGCUGGUGCAAAACGCAGGUGGUUUGAAAUCAUUUCUUAUGGAGUCAUUGCGAUUUGUGCUGAAUAAGAACUUGGUUGGACUCAUGAAGCAUGCAGUAGAAGUGGAGAGUUCAGCCAUAAAUGAUAAAGCAGUGACCAGAAGCACGGAAACAUCAGAGAUAAACUCAGCUAAAACUUCUGUUGAAAGCUCAAGACCAGUAGUUCAUCUCAAUCCUGCUGCAAAAGAAUUUAAACCAGUAUCGUACUAUCCAUCUAUAUUGACAUCAAAUAUAAGUUCAUCAAGCGAAUCACAAAAUAAUCAAUAUUUUCAUUAUAGUAGUGAUCUGGGAGGUAAUAGUUCAACAGGUGAUGGAUAUAUGCAUAUUAAUCCUUAUUCUGAUGUGAGUCAAAAGAUUUAUAAAGCAGCCAUCAUAUCAGAUCAUAAUGUGAAGACUGGUGAUGCAAUGACUGAUCAUUACUUGAGUGUUUCUGAAUGUACAGCAGCUUUUGAUCCAACUUUCUGUGGUGAUCCAUCAUCCAGUACUGUGCACACUGAUAUAACACAAGCAGUCCCAGCGUUUUCCGUACGCCAAUCAAAUCUACCAGCUACUAAUUAUAAUUAUCAGUUUCGUUCUCUCAAUCCUGAUAGAGGGAGUGAUCCUAUAAUAAAUGAAAUGGAAAGUAUGGAUCUUCCAUCUGGUAGUACUAAUACAACAGGAGUAAACAUGCUUAAGGUGAUGCCUCACAGCAAUACUACAACAGAAAGUUCGAUUGGAGCAUCAAACAAGAUGAAUAUGGAAUACAAUUAUAAUAAAAAGCUUGAAAAUAAACAAUGCCCUUUACUAAGGACCAUUGGAGUACAGGUUCAUCGGGAAUCUUUAUGUAAUACCAAUAUCAAUACUGAUCCUUUUCAGCCAUUUGAAAAUCAACAGGGUGAUAUUUUGAGGAUUGAGAAAGAACAUAAUGUUCUCCAGCAAAAGCUACAAGAAGCUGAAGAAAAAUAUAAUCAGCUUGCAAAUCGCAGCAAGAAUGAAAUUGCUGCUCUUGAGGAAAAGAUGUCUGAAUUCAUACAAAAAAAUGAGCUAUUAAAAUCUGAGCUUGACUCAGUUCGCCAUGUCUUGGAGACUGAAAUUAAGAAGAAUCAGCAGGAGAAGCGAGAAAAUAAUGAAACCUUAAAAAAACUCAAAUCAGAAGUUAAAUCUCUUGCUGAACUGAAUCAAAUGUACACUCAAAAUAUACAGGAAAAAGACCAACUUUAUGAAAAAUGCUUGAAGGAAUUUGAGGAAAUAAGUGAUCAGUCAUCAGUAGAAAAGAGAAAAGUAGAAGAAGCCAUUCAGAAGAGUGUUGAUAUGUACCAUGAAACCAGACAAAGAGCCAGUGAAGCAGAGGUGGCUGUACUAGAAGGCCAGCAGAAAGCACAGUUAUUUUCUCAUUACAGAGCAGCUGAAGAUACAAGACGUACUUUGGAAAAAUUGAAAGCAUUGAAUGCCAGUACACCAGCCACAGCUAUUCCACAACUACAGACGCCCAUUGUUGCCUGGAAGCAUUUUCUAUUUGAAACUGAACAGCAAAUACAUCAAACUGAGAUACGCUUUAAAGAUCAGAUUAAUCAGGUGAAAGCUGGAAUGCAGUUAAACAGCCUGGCAACAGUGACUAUACCGAACCUCCCAGUACCACCAAGCUCUAGUGUAAUGUUGGAAAAGUUGACUAUUGAUGAUCCUGCCAUUAUCGCAUCUUACCCUUGUGCUGCUCCCCAGAUGCUUGGGUUACAUAACGAACAACAUAGUCCACCAGUUCCACACCUGCCUUCAGUCACAGGAGCCACAAAAGAAAAGCCAAAGCCUCCAUCCGGCUUCCAGAACCAGAGAUCCUCAAACCAUUUUCAUCCUGCUGCUGCUUUGACCGAGCCUCAGUCUACCUGGGCACAAGCAAGUAGUCGAUCAGAAUCGCCUGUAGGAUCGGAACCCGCAAGCUGUCAUGAAACACAGCCUUCUACGAGCCAAUCUACACAUGAAAAAUCUCAGCAACCCAAGAAAAGCUUUGAUAAGAUAAUUUCCCGCCUUUUAGCCAUGUUUCCUAAUUAUACACAUGCUGGCCUGACUGUCUUCAUUAAGGAAGUUCGUAGUGCAAAUGGAGGUUCCCUUUCUGGAUUAGUGAUUGAUGAGAUAAUCAGCCAAGUAGCAGAACGCAUCCUAGAUCAUCAGGACAAAAAAAAGGUCCAGUUUCCAUCUGCUAAUUUUCAACAUGCAACAUUCCCGACUGACCAAAGAUCCACAUCUGCCACAAGUGAAGUCCCAAAAAUGGACUCAGCCACCAGGAAGAUCAGAGCACCAGAAGAUCUUUCCCAACCUUGGCAACCAGUCAGAACUCAGACUGCUUCACAGUGGCAGGGGAGUGAUAGCACAACAUUUGAUGAAGAGCCAUGUAUUAUUUGUCAUGAUGAUUUGACACCAGACAGCAUGUUUAUCCUGUCAUGCAAACAUCACUUUCAUGAAGUGUGCAUCAAGAAGUGGCUGAAAGCAAACAGGACCUGUCCGACGUGUCGAGUCUAUGCUCUCCUGCCUGAGGAGUUCCCUGUGCUGCCUGGAAUAUUAACUGCACAAAACUUCCACUUUCCAUAAAUAAUCAAUUGUUAAUCAUUAAUUUCUGACUCGUUAAUCUUAUCCCCCCCCACAAAAUAUUAGGUAAUACUAGAAUAGUUCAAAAUUACUUUUAUAGUCAACUAUCUCCUGACAUUAUCAACAUGUGUAUUCGUGACCGUUAUGAGCAAUCAUCAGUCCAGCUCUGCUAUGCUAAUGAUCAUGAGCAGUGGUUUAGCAAGAUUUUAAGAUUACAAUUUCACAAAAAAACCUGUAAUCCUUUAAAUUGAUUUUAAAAUUAGUAAAUAAUGGAUUUUGUAUAAUUAUGGAAACAUACUAAAUCUUAACCUUUUGUACUACCUAUUGUAGCAUGUGCCCUGUUGCUUGAUUCCUAAUUAAAAUAAUA